GCGGUUAAGUCGUUUUGAAAAUUUCAGUUUAUGUCCUUUUGCCUACCGGUGCAGACGAUCUAGGAGUAGGAAGUUCUCAGUUCAUCUCCACGCGGCCACACACAGUAAAUUCGCACACACUGCAAACCGAUCGGCACAUUAAAACAAGAGCGCGGCCGACGUGGCAACACUCGCUUGUUUUUCAUUUGACAUUGAAAGGUGCUCGCGAAUUCCAGAAAGGACGUUGGAAAAUCGGCAGCCGCUCAGUCAGUACCUAUCAAAAGCAAACACGGCGAAGUUGUGGUGCGGUGCUCUGGAGAUUUGCCGGAGCCAGAUAAUAGGAACUACCCGACGCCUAAGCAGCCGGAUCCGCUAUUAUAAGUGAAGUGUCGCGAGCGGUCGAAGCAGUUCGCCUGUGCUCUCUUCUCCGUGUGCUACUAAUUUGCAUCGAGUGCUAAAUAGUCCUCCCUUGCCCUUCUACUCCGCAUCCGCCUGCUGUUCCUGCUUGGGAUAACUGAAGUAAGAUGGCCGGCCCACUUCCUCCGCUCAACCAGGAGGCAGCGUUCCAGAAGCUGCAGGAGUACUACGACUCCAAGGGCAAGGACCUGAACAUCAAGGACCUGUUCGUGAAGGAUUCCAAGAGAUUCUCAAAAUACAGCCUGCGCCUGCACACCCAGAACGAUGGCGAGAUACUGCUGGACUACUCGAAGAACCGUAUCAAUGACGAGGUCUGGGAUCUGCUCCUCACCCUGGCCAAGGUGCGCCGCGUUAACGCCGCGCGGGACGCCAUGUUCUCCGGCCAGCACAUUAACAUCACGGAGAACCGCGCCGUCCUCCACACGGCCCUGCGCAACCGCGGCACGGAUCCCGUCCUGGUGGACGACAAGGACGUGAUGCCCGAUGUGCGCGCCGAACUGGCCCACAUGAAGGAGUUCACCAACAUGGUCAUCUCCGGCGUGUGGCGCGGCUGCACCGGCAAACAGAUCACCGACGUGGUCAACAUCGGCAUCGGUGGCUCCGAUCUGGGCCCGCUGAUGGUCACCGAAGCGCUGAAGCCCUACGGCAAGGGCCUUCACUCCCACUUUGUGUCGAACAUCGAUGGCACUCAUCUGGCCGAGGUCCUCAAGAAGGUCAACUACGAGACCACCCUCUUCAUUGUCGCCUCAAAAACUUUCACCACCCAGGAGACCAUUACGAACGCCACCUCCGCCAAGACCUGGCUCCUGGAGCAUUCCAAGGAGCCUGAGUCCGUGGCCAAGCAUUUUGUGGCCCUGUCGACCAACAAGGAAAAGGUCACCGAAUUCGGCAUUGACAGCACCAACAUGUUCGGUUUUUGGGAUUGGGUGGGCGGUCGCUACUCCCUGUGGUCGGCCAUUGGACUGUCAAUCUGUCUGUCCAUUGGCUUUGAGAACUUUGAGCAACUGCUGGAUGGAGCUCACUUCAUGGACAACCAUUUCAAGACGACACCAUUCGAGAAGAAUGCUCCUGUUAUCCUGGCGUUGCUAGGCGUUUGGUACUCCAACUUCUUCAAGGCGGAAACACAUGCCCUCCUUCCCUACGAUCAGUACUUGCACCGGUUCGCCGCCUACUUCCAGCAGGGCGAUAUGGAGAGCAACGGCAAGUUCGUCAGCAAGUCGGGCAAACCCGUCAAGUACAGCACUGGUCCGAUCGUGUGGGGCGAGCCUGGCACCAAUGGCCAGCACGCCUUCUACCAGCUCAUCCACCAGGGCACCCGCCUGAUCCCCUGCGAUUUCAUCGCUCCCGCCCAGACACACAAUCCCAUUGCCGGCGGCAAGCACCACAAGAUUCUGCUAUCGAAUUUCCUUGCCCAGACGGAGGCUUUAAUGGCCGGAAAGACGGUCGACGAGGCCAGGACCGAGCUGUCCAAGGCUGGCCUGUGCGGCAACGAGCUGGAUAACUUGUUGCCCCACAAGGUGUUCGUCGGCAACCGGCCCACAAACUCGAUUGUGGUGAAGAAGGUUUCACCUUUCACCCUAGGCGCGUUGAUUGCGCUGUACGAGCACAAGAUCUUCGUUCAGGGCAUCAUUUGGGACAUCAACUCGUUCGACCAAUGGGGUGUGGAGCUGGGCAAGCAGCUGGCCAAGGCCAUCGAGCCGGAGCUGGAUCACUGCAACGAGGUCUCCACGCACGACAGUUCCACGAACGGUCUAAUUAACUUCAUCAAAGCCAAUUGGAAGUAAUCAUGUCUGGCUAUUUGUUGCGAAUUAAAAAGAAAUGUUUACACAAAUGCUCUAAUUGUUAGUAGUUUCUGAGCCGUUAUUCAGUAGCCGCCGCUUAUGUAUACUCGAGCUACAAGCCCCCUGUUAUUGGCACAUUAUUCAACUGUAUUUAUGAACUGGAUAUGUUUGUUUGCUUGCGUAUCGAUGAAAUCUCGUGUCGGAAUUAGACCAACAAUUGGCUCUCACUAUUCGUUGUUGCACGUAGUUUAAAACCGUAAAUAAAAAUUUAUGAAUUCGAUGU